GUCAAAUUCUCCUUGGUGAAGAGUACUCACGCGCAAGGGAUGUAACUUAAAUCACGAGCGCACAACAACAACAUUAGGCAGUGUGCCCUUCAACACAUUAGUUCUUUUAAAAUGCUGAAACAACUUAUUUCUAAAUUGUUUUGUAGAAAUCAUUCAUUCUCCACAUUACAGAAAAGCUGCUUGUCCUCACUGACCAGAACAACAGCUGUUGGUGUACAACCAACUUGUCACCACGGAAACCGUAACUAUGGCAACUUUAAAAGCCAGUUUAACACAACAUUUACAGAAUCACUCCAAAACUGGCAGUUCAGUGGAGCCCCAGCACUAAAUUUGACAUUUAUUCGAACUAGUGCCUACUACGCCUACAGACCUAAUGCUUUGAAGAGAAUUAAGAAACAUGGACUGGAGAAACGCUUGAGCUGUCGAUCACAGAGGGAGAUUCUUUUUAGGAAAAUAAUCAAAGGGAAGAAAGUACUCACAGUGUUUGAUAGAUUUACCAAUAUCUACCCAGAGAAAGUGGACAAGACAAAGCGAGUGAAUCUGUUCGAUCCAAAACGUGGUUUCAGAAAGUUUAUUAAGAAACCAGAAUAUUUUAGAUUUGCCUAAAGUGUUGAGCGAUAAUGUAACUUGGAUUUUUAUAUGACACACAAUUAAAUGAUGCUGUUUCGUUUGGCAUGUUGAUUGUUGUAAAUAAAUUAUUUGUUUAAGAAAGUAACAAAGAAAACAUGAAAAUAAAGUUGUGUUUAAAUUUG